CCCAAGAGAGAAAAUGUUUUAUGGCAGAACAAAUGGGCGUAACUUCGCCGCAUCCUCCCUCUCUCCCCGCGGCUCGCGCUGGCCACGCCGCUGAUGCUGUGAGUUUCUACCGAGCCUGUGGCGGCUGGUUGGCAGUCUACCCAUCUCUAGCCGAAAUCACACAAUCAGGUGGAUGCCACCCGGUAAAUUCAAGUUAAGAGAAAUCUCACAUAUGUGCACACGGCUCGGGGACCAGUUCUACAAGGAGGCCAUCGAGCACUGCCGCAGCUACAACUCGCGGCUGUGCGCCGAGCGGAGCGUGCGGCUGCCCUUCCUGGACUCGCAGACGGGCGUGGCCCAGAACAACUGCUACAUCUGGAUGGAGAAGCGGCACCGGGGCCCAGGCCUUGCUCCGGGCCAGCUGUACACAUACCCUGCACGCUGCUGGCGAAAGAAGAGAAGAUUGCACCCUCCUGAGGAUCCAAAGCUGCGGCUGCUGGAAAUCAAACCUGAAGUAGAGCUGCCCCUGAAGAAGGAUGGGUUCACCUCAGAGAGCACCACGCUAGAAGCCUUGCUCCGAGGCGAGGGGGUUGAGAAGAAGGUGGACACUAGAGAGGAGGAGAGCAUCCAGGAAAUACAGCGGGUCUUGGAAAAUGAUGAAAAUGUAGAAGAAGGAAAUGAAGAAGAGGAUUUAGAAGAGGAUAUUCCUAAGCGAAAGAACAGGACCAGAGGACGGGCCCGUGGCUCUGCAGGCGGCAGGAGGAGGCAUGACCCCGCCUCUCAGGAAGACCACGACAAACCUUACGUCUGUGACAUCUGUGGCAAGCGCUACAAGAACCGACCAGGACUCAGCUACCACUACGCUCACACUCACCUGGCCAGCGAGGAGGGGGAUGAAGCUCAAGACCAGGAGACCCGGUCCCCACCCAACCACAGAAAUGAGAACCACAGACCCCAGAAAGGACCGGAUGGGACAGUCAUUCCUAAUAACUACUGUGACUUCUGCUUGGGAGGCUCCAACAUGAACAAGAAGAGUGGGCGGCCUGAAGAGCUGGUGUCCUGUGCAGACUGUGGACGCUCUGCUCAUUUGGGAAGAGAAGGCAGGAAGGAGAAGGAGGCAGCGGCCGCAGCACGCACCACGGAGGACUUAUUCGGUUCCACGUCAGAAAGUGACACCUCAACUUUCCACGGCUUUGAUGAGGACGAUUUGGAAGAGCCUCACUCCUGCCGAGGACGCCGCAGUGGCCGGGGCUCGCCCACAGCAGACAAAAAGGGCAGUUGCUAAACCCAUGAAUGGACUCUCUGGGCAAUUAGC